GCAAUGUCCGAUCACAAAUUGGUUAACUAUACGUCUAUACGUAAUAAGCUAUUAUGUAAACUAUUUAAUGCAUAGUAUAUACUAUAAUACUCUGUACAAUUAUAACGAAUAGGUCUAUGAACCUAUUAAUUAUUAUGUAACUAUAACGAUAGCAGGAUAACUCAAUCCUUUCAGACUUUCGUACGCGCCUAUUGCCUUGGAAAAGAUAUUAGAUUACUUGGACGGUUUUGCUAUAAGCUUUACCCUUGCUGUAGGUUUUCGCCACAUAUGAGACUACAUUACAUAUUUGACUGCUAAAUCGAGUAUAAGCCUAGGUAUAUGAAUUCUAUUAAUCAGUAGACAGCGUGUCGUUUAGUUCAUAUUAUACUUUUCUUUAUAAAAACAUAUCGCAUAAGUCAAGACUCAAGGGUUAAAUCGUAUCCAGAAUAAAUUAAACGUAUUAUAAUAAGGUAUACGUCGAUUACGUCGUAUAUACCUACCGAUCGUUUUUUAUAGAAUUGAACGCAUUUACCGAAAAAUGAGUUGUAUCAACGGUAAAGAUAGAGUCAAUGAUCAACAAAAUAACAGAAGGUGUAAACAGAAUGUUAUCGCAGCCAAUGGUUAUGCAGAUUAUCUACAACUUGACAAACUUUUAGAUUCUCAGACAAUGUUAAGUAAGCAAAACGGUAGAGUUUCGUACGACGAGCAUCUCUUCAUAGUUACUCAUCAAGCUUACGAGUUGUGGUUCAAGCAGAUUUUAUUCGAAAUGGAUAUUGUUUGUAAAUUAUUAUCUGCUAACCUUUGGAAUAACGAGCACGAAAUGUUCAACAUCUUAAAGCGUUUAGGUAGGAUUUCAUCAAUUAUCAAGGUGAGCUUGUAUAAAUAUCGUUAAAACAAAUGUUAUCUCUAACGUAUCAUCCAGAUUACUAUUAUUUAUAAUUUAGAUAUAUAGAUUUAGAAAUUACAGAACAUUCACAUUCAAU